GUUUAACGAAUUUAGUUGUUCGAUGAUACCGACUAGUUGGUUCGAUUGAUCAGGGAAGAAAGAAAGAAACAAAAGAGCUUAGAGCUGCUCGCCAUUCUUUUGUAGCGACACACGCCACUACCCCCUGCUCCUCCCACUUCAGACUUGCAGUAUUUUUUACGCGGCUUUCACCGCCACUUCCGGCGUCCGGCAGUCCCACAGUUCCGGCGACUUCCCUUUCCACUUGCAAGAAUGAAACACGUUAGCAGUUUUGAGCAUUCAAACCCUAGUUCGUACACUUUCCAGUGUUAGCCAUCCUUCAAGCAAAGCAAUGAGCCCCGAGUCAACCGGUCUUAUGUUCCAACUCAGAGUCGACCCGCUCACCGGUAACUCAGAGUGGGUAGUGAUUGAAGAAGAAGUCGAUGAUAUAUCCCCUAAACCAAUGCUGGCUACCACUUCUUACCUUGACAUGCUCAAUGAUGCUCCAAGAAACAAAGCGUAUCGUGACGCCAUUGAUAAAACUGUUACAAAAAACUGUCAUGUUCUUGAUAUUGGAUCUGGAACUGGCUUGCUAUCUAUGAUGGGUGCAAGGGCUAUGGGCAUUGCAGGAAUGGUGACUGCAUGUGAAUCAUACCUUCCUAUGGUGAAGUUGAUGAAGAAGGUUUUACGUGCCAAUAAUAUGGAUCAUAAGAUACGCCUUUUCAACAAGAGAUCUGAUGAGUUACAAGUUGGUGUUGACAUUGCUUCUCGUGCUCAUGUUCUUGUGAGUGAAAUUCUCGACUCACAACUCCUGGGUGAAGGCCUGAUCCCCACUCUUCAGCAUGCAUAUGACAAUCUGUUGGUGGAAAAUUAUAAAACAGUGCCUUAUAGAGCCACUACAUAUGCCCAGUUGGUGGAAAGCACUUACUUGUGGAAACUGCAUGAUCUAUUAAACAAUGAAGCAGACAUGGAAGAUGGAAUUCACCUUGUUCCAAAAGGAAAGGAGAAUGUUUUAGGAGUCAAACCUCAACAAUUUGCUAUGCAUUGUGAUGCAAUGGCUGAAGACAUUCGACUGCUGUCGGAACCUUUCAAAAUUUUUGAAUUUGAGUUUUGGAAACGGCCAGACAGUCAUGGAGAAAAGGAGGUGUAUAUAAAGGCAACUGAUGAUGGUAUAGUUCAUGCUGUUAUCUCAUGGUGGGUACUUGAGCUUGAUGCUGAAGGGGAGAUUUUUUAUUCCACAGCCCCUAAAUGGAUAGGUACUAGAAAUUGGUGUGACCAUUGGAAACAGUGUGUCUGGUUCACCAAAGGGAAAGGUUUGUCCGUAUGCAAGGACACAGAUCUUUGUAUGGAAGCUACUCAUACAGAAACCAACAUUUCAUACGGAUUCAAGGCUCAGAGAUCAUAUGUGGAUGAUGAGGAUGAGUUUAGAAGUCAAGACUCUCACAUUAUUACUCUCUCACCUGAAAGAAUUGCAAUCUAUGGAGAUAGCUACUGGAGGCUUUCCAUGUUAAAGGCCAUAAACCAUGCUUUGGAAGAGAAAGAGUCUCCUUUGUGUGUUGUUGCUGAUGAUAGUGUUUUUUUAACAAUCAGCAUUGCUCAUCUUUCCAAGAGUGCACACAUAAUAUCAUUGUUUCCUGGUAUUCGGGAGAAGGGUUUCCAAUAUUUGAAAGCUGUUGCUGAUGAAAAUGGUUACUCAAUGGAUCGAGUAGAAGUUAUAAGCAACAGGAAACAACAAUGGACUAUGGAUGAUACUCAUCAAAAGAAGGUUGAUCUCUUAAUAGCAGAGCCGUUUUAUUUUGGUGCUGAGGCGAUGCUUCCUUGGCAAAACCUGCAGUUUUGGAGCAAAAGGACGAUGCUUGAUUCUGUGUUAUCUGAAGACGUGCGCAUAAUGCCUUGCAAAGGAAUUCUCAAGGCUUGUGCAAUGUCUCUCCCGGAUCUGUGGAGAAGUCGUCGUUCCUUAGAAAAGAUUGAAGGGUUUGAUCACAGUAUGAGUGUGGUGAACUCUACUUUAGGAGCAUCUUCAAGCGAAAGCCCUUGUUUACCCUUUUUUAUCUGGCAAUGUGGAGAAGUUGAGAAACUUAGUGAUACAUGCACCAUUAUGGAGUUUGAUUUGAUGAAACCAUUGAGUUCAUGCCAUGGAAAAGCCAAGGUUGAGUUUGUAGAGGCAGGUGUGUGCCAUGGGAUUGCAGUUUGGAUAGAUUGGGUGAUGGAUUCAAGUAACAACAUUGUCAUGUCAACCGGCCCAGGAGAUUCACGGUUUUGGAAGCAAGGUGUGAAACUAUUUGCAGAGCCAUUGGAGGUAAGUGUAGGUGGUAAUGGAACAACUCUCAUUGAAGCGUAUUUUGAUUCAUCCAGUGGCCAACUUGAGCUUUCCGUCAAUGUCUGAACCUUGCUCCUUUUUGAAUUUUCUCCUCUUGCUGUAAUGUAAUGUUAUGUAGAGUCUGGGUGGGGUUUUCUUUUUUAAUUUCUACACUAUAAAUACUUAUUAAACUUUUCCCUUUUUUUAGACCUCACCUG